AUGAAUGCUACUAAAAAUGAGAGACCAAAGUCCAGAAGCCACAAUUUUCACCUUUUUCAUGCCUUGAUGAUGCUAAGCAUGACCAUGCUGUUUCUUCCUGUCAUUGGAACUGCUAAGCAAAAUAUUCCACGACUCAAGCUGACUUACAAAGACUUGCUGCUUUCAAAUAGCUGCAUUCCGUUUUUGGGUUCAUCAGAAGGACUAGAUUUCCAAACCAUUCUGUUGGAUGAGGAGAGGGGCAGGCUGCUUGUAGGAGCGAAGGACCACAUCUUCCUGCUCAGUCUGGUUGACUUAAACAAAAACUUUAAGAAGAUUUAUUGGCCCGCUGCGAAGGAAAGAGUGGAAUUAUGUAAAUUAGCCGGGAAAGAUGCCAAUACAGAAUGUGCAAAUUUCAUCCGUGUACUUCAGCCCUACAACAAAACUCACAUUUAUGUGUGUGGAACUGGAGCAUUUCAUCCAAUAUGUGGUUAUAUUGAUCUUGGAGUCUACAAGGAGGAAGUUAUAUUCAAACUAGACACACAUAAUUUGGAGUCUGGCAGACUGAAAUGUCCUUUUGAUCCUCAGCAGCCUUUUGCUUCGGUAAUGACAGAUGAGUACCUCUACUCUGGAACAGCUUCUGAUUUCCUUGGCAAAGAUACCGCAUUCACGCGGUCCCUUGGGCCUACUCACGACCACCAUUACAUCAGAACUGACAUUUCAGAGCACUACUGGCUCAAUGGGGCAAAAUUUAUUGGAACUUUCCCUAUCCCAGACACCUAUAAUCCAGAUGAUGAUAAAAUAUAUUUCUUCUUUCGUGAAUCAUCGCAAGAAGGCACUACUUCUGAUAAAACCAUCCUUUCUCGAGUUGGAAGAGUUUGUAAGAAUGAUGUUGGCGGACAGCGCAGCCUGAUAAACAAAUGGACAACUUUUCUUAAAGCCAGAUUGAUUUGCUCAAUUCCUGGAAAUGAUGGGGCCGAUACUCAUUUUGAUGAGCUACAGGAUAUUUACUUACUCCCCACAAGAGAUGAAAGAAAUCCUGUAGUAUAUGGAGUCUUCACCACAACCAGCUCCAUCUUCAAAGGCUCCGCUGUUUGUGUGUACAGCAUGGCUGACAUCAGAGCAGUUUUUAAUGGUCCAUAUGCUCAUAAGGAAAGCGCAGACCAUCGUUGGGUGCAGUACGAUGGAAGAAUUCCUUAUCCCCGACCUGGCACUUGUCCAAGCAAAACCUAUGAUCCACUGAUUAAAUCCACCCGAGAUUUUCCUGAUGAUGUCAUCAGUUUCAUAAAGCGGCACCCUGUGAUGUUUAAAUCGGUGUACCCAGUUGCGGGAGGACCAACAUUCAAGCGAAUCAAUGUGGAUUACAGAUUGACCCAGAUCGUGGUGGAUCACGUUGUUGCAGAAGAUGGACAAUACGAUGUAAUGUUCCUUGGAACAGACAUUGGAACAGUCCUAAAAGUUGUCAGCAUUUCAAAGGAGAAGUGGAAUAUGGAAGAAGUAGUGCUGGAAGAGUUGCAGGUAUUCAAGCACUCAUCGAUCAUCCUGAACAUGGAGUUGUCUCUGAAGCAGCAACAAUUGUACGUCGGUUCCCGGGAUGGAUUGGUUCAGCUCUCCUUGAACAGAUGCGACACUUAUGGGAAAGCUUGUGCAGACUGUUGCCUGGCCAGAGACCCCUACUGUGCCUGGGAUGGAAAUGCAUGCUCUCGAUAUGCGCCCACUUCAAAACGGCGAGCCAGACGCCAAGAUGUAAAGUAUGGAGACCCGAUCACCCAGUGCUGGGACAUAGAAGACAGCAUUAGUCAUGAAACUGCUGAUGAAAAGGUGAUUUUUGGCAUUGAAUUUAAUUCAACCUUUCUGGAAUGUAUACCUAAAUCCCAACAAGCAUCUAUUAAGUGGUAUAUCCAGCGGUCAGGAGAUGAGCAUCGAGAGGAGUUGAAACCUGAUGAAAGGAUCAUCAAAACAGAAUACGGGCUACUGAUUCGAAGUUUGCAGAAGAAGGACUCUGGGAUGUAUUACUGCAAAGCCCAGGAGCACACUUUUAUCCACACCAUAGUGAAGCUGACUUUGAAUGUCAUUGAGAGUGAACAGAUGGAAAAUACCCAGAGGGCAGAGCACGAGGAGGGGCAGGUCAAGGAUCUGUUGGCCGAGUCACGGUUGAGAUACAAAGACUACAUCCAGAUCCUUAGCAGCCCAAACUUCAGCCUCGACCAGUACUGCGAACAGAUGUGGCACAGGGAGAAGCGGAGACAGCGAACCAAGGGCGGCCCCAAGUGGAAACACAUGCAGGAGAUGAAGAAGAAACGAAAUCGAAGGCAUCACAGAGACCUGGAUGAGCUUCCGAGAGCCAUGGACACGUAG